ACAGAAACGCUUAGGUCUACUUGUAUCUGAGCGGCGGGAGAGAGCGGUGCUUUGUGCUUGUGUGGGUGGCGCCGCGGUUAGUGAAGUGAUGAGUACCCGUAUCACAGGACUCAUCAUGGGACAGACAGCGCUGGAGCACCCUUUCGAGAAAAUGUUGUAAUGCCCUUGUUAGUGUACUGUGGCGGCGACCAGAUGAACCCUCAUACCAGAGGAGGAGGACGGUACUGGUGAUGGACGUGCUGCUUUCAUAUGGGUUGCAGGGAGACGCAUUCACUCGUCUUGACUGUGUCGGUGCAUGUCCUUGAGAAAUUAUCGCAAAGACGCUAAAUCAAAACUAAGCUAGGGUCACACAAGUGUAAAAGAAGAUAUACGGAUGGAAGUCGGGAAAUCUCACGACGUUCCGACAAUGGAAAAGGAAUGAUGUCGAAUGAGCCUGAUUAUGGCGCAGCCUUGGGGCUCAUCAACCACCUGCCAACAGAACAACUUCGUGACCUUGUCAAUAAUGAUGACAAACUCACUGACCUUGUAAAGGAUCUGCCAGAGAUGAAGAAUUUGGCCAAUGAACAAGAGAUGCUGCUAGCAGCCAACAAGUCUUUGGCAGAAUUCAAUCUGUCAUUGGAGCCAAAAUUAUCACAGGCCAAACAAACUAUAAUAGCCAAAUAUCAAGAGGCAGCACAACUCUCAGAGGAGGUUAAUACACUUAAGGAGGAAGUUGACUCUUCCAGUGGCCAGUACACAGCAGAUACCAUUGUAGCUCUCCUUCAGACGUUUACCCGACACACAGAGGAAGAAACAGAGAACCUUGUCCAGUCAUUCUUAGACAAGGAGCAAGAAGUGGAUGAGUUCUUGUCUGAAUUCUUGUCCAAGCGAAAGUUGGCACACCUGAGGAGAAUCAAGGCUGAUAAGAUUACAGACAUCAUCAAUCAGCAAAACAGCAGCUCCCACAACACUCCAUAUCCAACACCACCCUCUGCUGGUGGAGGCUUAGGCUAUGGAGGAUCCCAGUGGGGUACCCCAUAUCCAACUCAGCCUGUUAACAUGCCCCUACCUGGAUUCCCUUAAGGCAGCAAAGCAGAUGUCAUUAAGAGAAGUCAGCGACUGUGUUACCAGUAAUCUACAUUGAUGAGUGUGCAAGUUUUUGAGAUGUGCAUCAGGGUUAUCAUGCUUAUUCUUUAUUCUGUCACCUUUUUUUUUUUCUUUUUUUAAGGGGGUGUCUGGGCAUAUUGGGAACUAUUGAAGUCUUUUGAGUUUGUGAGGAACUACUGUCAUGUUACAUAAUCUGUGUAGGUGCUGUCAACAUUUUGUGUUCUGAAUACAGGAAAGUGAGGCAAGAUCUCCACCUAUUUCUUCUGACUUGAUAUUCGGUUUUUCUCUCUCUCUCUCUCUCUCUCUCUCUCUCUCUCUCUCUCUCUCUCUCUCUCUCUCUCUCUCUCUCUCUCUCUCUCUCUCUCUCUCUCUCUCUCUCUCUCUCUCUCUCUCUCUCUCUCUCUCUCUCUCUCUCUCUCUCUCUCUCUCUCUCUCUCUCAUUUAAUCAUUUAAUCUUUUCUUCACACACACACACACACACACACACACACACACACACACACACACACACACACACACACACACACACACACACACACACACACACACACACACACACACACACACACACACACACAUAUUAGUUAGCCUUGGUUCCUGUUUGCCAGCAUUUGAUCAUGGAUGUGAUCCCUUUAUAUCUAUAUUUUCACUACCUUGAGCAAUUCUUACAUUUUGUGUUGAAAAGAAUUAAGUACAGUAAAAAAAAUAUUCUUUCAAGGAAAGUUUAAAUGUUUUUCAAAGUGUUUUCUUCCAGGUGUGUGGAAAUGUUUGACCUACACAGCUAGAGCAUAUUAAAUUUGUUAUAUUUGUUUAUUUGUUUAUAUACUGCUGCCUUAAAAAGGUACAGUUAGGUCAUCACUAACACCACAUGUCUGUAUUGGUUUCCUUGUAAUUUUAGAAGUUUAGCCUUCUCAAAUAUUUUUCAACAGCAAUAACUCUUGUGUAUUAUUUUUUACAUUUUUUUCUGUUAUUUUUGGGGUUUCUUGCCAUCAUGGAAGGUGAGUUUUUGUUGUUCUUUUGCUUUUAUUAUUAUCUCAAAUAGAGUGAGGUCCUAAAAUAUGAGAGCAGAUAAUAUAAUUCAUUCCAUGGCAUCCAUUGUGUCCUGAAAACAAAAAUAAUUUAAUAAAAUAGCUAUGCUUAACCCUUUGACUGCUAUUGCUUCUUGCACAGAUAUAGAUAUGUUUGGAAGAUAACAUUCACAGCAAAGGAGGUAAUUGAAUAUUUCAGUAUUUUCUUUUAGGUCAUGUAGUUUAAAUUUUGCUGUGUAAAAUUGUCUGGGGUGUCUCAGAUAGAAUAAUAAUGAAAAGUAUUAUCAGGAGUUAAAGGAUUAAAUUGUUUACUCCACAGCUUUAGGAUUAAAGAUGUUCUGCUCUACAUUCUUUAAUUUUUACAUUUAAUUUGUUACUUAAGCAUA